GAAGUGAUUCGCCGGAAGAAGCGUGGCUGCUCUCCGGAUCUGUCAAGGGUGUGCACGCUGAACCGCCGGCAACAUGCAGUCAGAUGAUGUUAUCUGGGAUACACUAGGAAACAAGCAAUUUUGUUCCUUCAAAAUAAGAACCAAGACUCAGGGCUUUUGCAGAAAUGAAUACAGCCUGACUGGACUGUGUAAUCGGUCAUCCUGUCCCCUGGCAAACAGUCAGUAUGCCACUAUCAAAGAAGAGAAAGGACAGUGCUACUUGUAUAUGAAGGUUAUAGAACGAGCAGCUUUUCCUAGGCGUCUCUGGGAACGGGUCCGGCUUCAUAAAAACUAUGAGAAAGCACUGGAGCAAAUAGAUGAAAAUCUAAUUUAUUGGCCCCGUUUCAUUCGACACAAAUGUAAGCAGAGAUUCACCAAGAUCACCCAGUACCUAAUUCGAAUUCGAAAACUUACACUAAAGCGACAGAGGAAGCUUGUUCCUUUGAGUAAGAAGGUGGAGCGGAGGGAAAAAAGAAGAGAGGAAAAGGCAUUAAUAGCUGCUCAGUUGGACAACGCCAUUGAGAAGGAAUUGCUGGAGAGACUGAAAAAAGAUACGUAUGGCGACAUCUACAACUUCCCCAUUCAUGCCUUCGACAAGGCCCUGGAACAGCAAGAGGCAGAGAGUGACUCUUCAGAUGCUGAGGAAAAAGAUGAAGAAGAUGAUGAAGAAGAGGUGGGAAAAAGAGAGUUUGUGGAAGAUGAUGAGGUGGAUGAGAGUGACAUAAGUGAUUUUGAGGAUAUGGAUAAACUGGAUGCCAGCAGUGAUGAAGAUGAGGACGAUAAAUCCUCCAGUGAGGAAGAAGACAAGGCCCUUGAUGCCCAACACAAAGGCAAAACACCUUUGAAAGGACCUUUGCGGAGAAAACGAGCAUACGUAGAGAUAGAGUAUGAACAGGAGACAGAGCCUGUGGACAAAGCCAAAACUACGUGAUUUCCCUUCAGAUAUUUAUGAACA